UUUGUAUUCUGGUAAUUCUGCAUUAUGGGUUUGUUUAGUUGACUUUCCUCCGAACAUGAUGCAAGGUGAAUAAGUGCUUUUCACGAUUACAUAAAAAAAAAAGAAUAAUUUCAAAUACAUUGAUCAAGGAUGUUAUGUCCCUGUGUGUUUGUCCAAACGUAAUCUUUGUAUAUAAUGUCAUUCUGCUUUCAGAUACAUUCUGACUUGAGAGAAGGCCAUGCAGAACCAAUUCCAACUGCCACAGAACUCUUCUCCCUCUGAAGGGAACGGAGAGUACCUGGAGGGAUAUCGGGUUGUCUUCUCUAUCGUCCCAUGCGUCAUCUUCCUCUACAUAAACUGUGUGAUGCUGUACACACUGAGAAGCAAGCCUGUGUUCCGUGAGACCUCCCGUUACCUCCUGCUCUACAACCUCCUAUUGGCUGAAACCUUGCAGAUGAUAUUGGCUCAGAUGAUGUCUCUACUAAACGUUGGCAUGGUGUUCAUGACACGCUUAAUGUGCCUACUAGUCCUUAUACCGGCCAUAAUUACCACUAUCACAUCGCCGUUCAGCCUGGCCGUGAUGUCGUUGGAGAGAUAUGUGGCCGUGUGUUUCCCUCUGAGGUACGCCAGCAUCGUCACGGUCCCCACCACAUAUGGGGCCAUAGCCGUGGUGUGGGCCAUCAGCUACGCCAACAUGUUGAUCAGAGUUAUCAUGUUAAUGACUCUUGAUUCCAGACCCUUUGGUCAGUUCAUGGGCGUUCCCUGCGGUAAAAACCCCAUAUUCCAGUUGAAAAUAUUCUCUGAGUUUGAGAGUGGUUUUGUCUGUGCUGAGUUUGUGUCGGUGGGCCUGAUAAUUAUCUUUUCCUACGUGGGAGUGAUGGUGGCGGCCAAGGCCGCCUCCACUGACAAAUUGUCAGCCAAUAAGGCUUCCAAGACAGUCCUGUUGCACAUGAUUCAGCUGGGCCUGAGUCUGUCGUCUUCCUUGGUAAGCACGAUACUGACAGGCCUCCAUGGGAAAGUAGAUGUGAUCACAUUCAGGCAUCUUCGGUUUUCUCUGUUCGUUUGCUUCAUCAUCCUCCCCAGGUGUCUUAGUUGUCUGAUUUACGGCUUGAGGGAUCAAAUUAUCAGGCCGAUCUUAAUACGACACCUCAGACAAGGAAUUAAAAUGCUAAAUAUCCAAGUUAUCCACUCAAGAUAUUAAUCAAUGAGCGACCCUUCACCUGCUAACAAUGAACUUAAUUAUGCUACGGAACACAACAUAAAAUGUAAACUAUGAUACACUUAAUAAAUUCUCUGCACAUUUUUUCGGUUUUAAGGUGUUAAAUAAAGAAAGUAAUUUAAAGUAAUUACUUUUGCUUCACUUCUCCAUAUUCCAGCAACUCAAAACAAAACUCAGAAUACACUAACCUUAUUCUUGUAUGAAUGCAUCUGACAGGA